AUGAGCGACUACACCUUGCCGUCGGACUCGGAGAGCGAGGGCAAGCCGCCAGGAUGGCGGUAUUGGCGGGAAACCCCUGCGACGCCAAGCGACCCUGGCUCCACGCCCAGCGACCCUGGCUCCACGCCCAGCGACUGCCAGGAGGAGGAGGAGGAGGACGGAGGCGUCGUUGGCAGCGACGGCGAGGAGGAGGAGGAAGAGGAGGAGGACUCCGACGCCAGGUUCGCCCGGCUGGAGGCGCAGGAGGCGGCGGACGAGAAGGUGGCGACAAGGAAGGAGGCCAGGGCCCGGGCAAGGGCGCAGGCGCGGGCGGCGCGUCGUCGUCCGUUCACCGACGACGACGACGAAGACGCCACUUCGUCCGACUCGAAGUCCUCCAUGGACGCGUCGUCCGGCAGUUCCUCUUCCGACGAGAAGGUGACAAGUAAGAGGCGCAGGAGUGAGGACGACGAAGCAGGACCUUCUAACAAGAAGGCCAAGAAUUAG